CGUAGUAACUAGUAAGUCGAGUGCGCAAGUAGUCGGCGGUCGGUCACCAUUGGUGACGCUCUCGAAUAGUUUAUGCGCGUGUGUUUACCCGACUCCACCGCUCUCGCGAGUAAACGCAUUAUAGCACGACCGUUUUUAUCAAAAUAAUUUUUUUCCCGCCGUUUGCCGUUCCAACUCGCAAGAUCACGAAUACAAAAAUCACAUACGUACGCUUAUCGUCGGGAUUAUAAGUUAAUAAUUUUAUUCGCGGUGUCGCAAACCAAAAAAUUUUUGGGAAUUGCUGCAAUAUAUUUUAAAUACAUAUACAAUGGAGGGGAGAUAAAGAGUGUCCUGCGGAAUCGAACCGCUGCAGGUUAUGAGUAUUGAACAUGGAUAGCGGCAACGAGACCCUUUUCUCGGAGGACUCAUCGCCCGACUCGGCGCCACCGCCGUCGCCCAGCAGUGGUCGAGGGAGCCAACAACCCACGCCAGCACCCACCCCGCCGCACAUCACUUCUUCAUUGUCCAAGGGAAAUAGUGUUAUUCGUCCAGUGGCCUUCAAACCGGGUUCAAUGAGAUUCACCGACAACGGCGAAAGAUAUGGCUCCACGCCUAUCCUGGCCAGAUCCUCACAUAGACAUCUAUAUGGCAGUACCAAUGAACUACACCAUCAAUCUAAAAAAGCAAAUAUGAUAUCUUCGGGCACGUUAGAUCGAAAACUUCGUUCAGCAUCCCCAAUGGUGAUGUCGUCGUUACCGACCCAAACCAGCUGCAAAUUUCGACUGGGACAGCAAGACGAUUUCAAAUCAUCCUCCUCAUACAGUUCCUAUAAAGAUUACCGACCCAGUUCGAAGUCAUUCACAAGACUCAGUAAACGAUGCUCAGCGUCCGAAGGGUCAGCUAGUCUGUUGGACCUGACUCCUUCGCCAUCCGAAUCUACAAUGUUAUCCGAAAUGGAAACAGUGUUAAGAGAUAGAGAUCGUGAAUUGAGGCAUCUUCGGCAAACAAUGGAGCACAACGAACAAGUAAUAUUUAGAGUUUAUCAGGAGAAAGAAAACGCUUGGGACAGGGAACUGCGGAGGAUCAAAGCAAUGGGCGAUAAUCGACUCAAAACAGCCGCACAAAAGUCGCUUAAGCUGGAACAAAUGCUUAUGAUGCAGACGUACAAAUUACAGGAUGAAAAAAAAAAAUUACAAGAAGAAAACGAACGUUUGGAGUCCGAGACGACAAAUUUGAAAAAAGAAGUAGACGAAUUGAAAGUGAGACUUGAGGAAACUGAAUGGGGUUUAUGUCAAAAAUCUGGAGAACUAGCUCACGUAAAAUCACAAAUGAAAGAUACUCAAAGCGAACUUACGACAAAAGGUCAUGAAGUGAUCGCGUUGAAAUCAGAAGUCAGAGACCUGUUACAAAAGUUGGAAUCAAAAGAACGUCGUAUCAACGAAUUUGAAGGUAGAAAUCUUGAAGAAAGACACAACAAUGACAAUGGUGGUGACGGCAACUGCUGUGAUGACCAAUUGACAGCAGACAAACUAUGUUCGCUCGUCGGGCAACUCAACGAACAAGUGGAGAACGAGCUGAGCAAAUCGAACAAGUUGCUAUCCGGAUGCUACAGUACAGAAGACCUGCAGUCGUUGUUUCCAAAGAAGGAUACGGAGACGGACUCACCAUUGGAAAAAUUCAGAGAACUGGAACGGCACACAGCCAAAUUGAUCCGAGUGCUUAACGAAGAACGGAAGAACUGGGAUCAAGAAAGGCUAAAGUGGUUUCAAGAGAAGGAGAAAGUGUUGUGUUACCAAAGGCAGCUUCAGAUGAAUUAUGUGCAAAUGUUCAGGAGGACGCAGGCUUUUGAGGCACAGAUUGAGAACCUCACCGUCCAAAUGAACGUGUGCUCGGACCAUUGCACCAGUGGCAAGAACACGACCAGAAAAACGGGUACCACUACAGUGAAGACCGUGAACGCCAUUAAACUAUAGACAGAUUUAAGGACUUUUUUUUAUUAUUAAUCCAUCAUGUGGGAAGUUAUAUAUUGUUGUGUGAAGUUUUUACCAUUUAUCAUUAUUAUUAUUAUUUUUCUUAUUAUGUUUAUAUUUUAUUGUCUUUUAUUUUUGAAAUUACGUAUUAUAUUGGUAGGUAUACUUCUCUGUAUAAUAGCAAUAUACACAUAUUGUGAAUACUUAUUUGAUAAGGCACAUCAAUUAUUUUGUGUUAUUAAAA